AUGAUCGUUAGACAGCUCUGCGCCCGCCAUGGGCGCACAGUGUUGGCGCAGUCGUCGCGGAGGCUGAAGCGAGCCUAUGCGAGCAGCAUCUCAGAGGACAAUCCUAUAUUCCGACCGUCAGAAAGAGAUCCGAAAGGAACGACUCGGAUACCAGGUCACCCUGACGAUGUCUCGAGUAUCCUCGACACGGUCGACCGCGCUUCGACGCCCGCCACCAGGGUGCUCGAGGAUAUGAUCAACUCGCAACAGGAAGAAAUCAGCGCCCUUCGAGCAGACGUGAAUGCCCACGCCGCUGCUAGACCACCUGCCUCGAAGUCGAUAUCAACCACAACGUCGCCUGCAAACACGCCUGAUUCCCUCCCCUUCCGCAGCCUCAAAGACCUGAACCGCCAUCGCAGGACCAUCCAGAAAGCACACCGGGGUGGCACUCACCUCUCACAAACCUACGAUCCAUCCACGAUCCUUCGCCGUCCUCCCACUGCGGACGACCUGACCCUUCCCAUGCUACUAGCAAAUCAGACGCACCUCGGCCAUCACACUUCAUUAUGGAACCCUUCCAACAGCGGCUACAUUUUUGGCAUCAGAGACGAAAUCCACAUCAUAUCUCUGGACAUCACAUACGCGUAUCUCAAGCGCGCCGCGAAGGUUGUCCAAGCAGUCGCUGAGCGAGGCGGGAUUAUCCUGUUCAUCGGCACAAGAGACGGUAUGGAAGAAAUAACUGUCAACUCGGCGAAGCUGGCGGAGGGAUACCAUAUUUUCCACCGCUGGGUCCCCGGCUCCUUGACGAAUGGUCAACAAAUUCUAGGCAAUGCCGCUGUCAAGGUCGUGGACGUUCAUGACAACGAACUGACAAGAUACAAUGAUCUCCUCUCCAGAGGCAAUCACCAAGUCAUGCGGCCCGACCUGGUCAUCUGCCUGAACCCGAUUGAAAAUCAGGUAUGCCUUCACGAGUGCGGAGUCUUCAACGUCCCUACGAUUGGAGUCAUCGAUACCGAUGCGAAUCCGACAUGGGUGACGUAUCCUAUUCCUGCGAACGACGACUCAUUCCGGUCGAUUGCUCUCAUAGCCGGAGUGCUGGGCAACGCAGGCAAAGAGGGACAAAGGCUGAGGAAACUCAAGGCCGCCGCAUCGGGUGAGGCGACAUAUGACAUUACACUGGUGAAGGGCAAAUUGCGCGCCUUGGAGGAAAUGGCAGCAUUGGAUGUUGACAACUCGGACGGGGCGGCCGCCGAGGCGAAGUGA